GUACAACAUAACUUCAGCUCCUUAAGAAACUUUGUCCUCCUUGUUCCAAAAUAUUAUUCUUAGCAAGGAAAAUGGCUAGUCAAGUAGAGGUUGGACCAUGGGGAGGUGACGGUGGAGUUAAUCCCUGGACAUUUAAACCAGAUGGUAGGAUUGUUGGUUUUCGUAUCGCUAGUGGAGACGUCAUAGAUUCCAUCAGGUUCACUUAUGAGGAUAAMAGCCAGGUCUCACACCAUUCUGAUACAUAUGGUGGCGAUGAUGGCACACUUCAUCCACCUGUGAAGUUUGAUGAUGAUGAGGAC